GACAGGAUGUCAGAAUGACGUAGUGAGGCACGCUUAGUCUGGCCAGUGAUCCGGAUGAACAUAUCCGGGUGGAACAUGAAAGGUCGCCGGAUGCGUAAUGGCGGUGGUCCGGGAUGAACGUAUCCGUGUGGAACAUGAAAGGUCGCCGGAUGCGUAAUGGCGGUGGUCCGGGAUGAACGUAUCCGUGUGGAACAUGAAAGGUCGCCGGAUGAGUGAUGGAGGUGGUCCGGAUAGGAAAGCGCGCCACGUGUACUCUUGGGGGAAUCCGGAUGUGGAUAUUCCGGGUAGGAACACGUGCCACGUGUCGUCAGGGGACGUGUGCCACGUGUCAUCAGGGAUGGGUCCCUACAGGGAGGGAGCCUUUUUGCCUUCAGUUUACUACAAAAUGCCCACAGUGGAUGCAAUCUCGCUUGGACUUAUCAUGAACGCCCAAGGUGUGCUCGGGCUCGGUUUAUUUAAAAUGCUGAAGAAAGUGAAGGCGAUAGACCAUGAAAGUUUUGUGGUGAUGUGCACAUCCAUGCUGGUGGUUGCAGGGUCUAUCACACCUAUUAUAAAAUACCUUUAUGAUCCCUCAAGGAGGUACUUAUCCUACAAGAGAACUGUCAUGCACUCCAAACCCAAUUCUGAACUUCGAGUUUUAGUGUGCAUGCAUGAUGAAGAAAAUGUCCACACCACCAUUAACCUCCUCCAAGCCUUAUAUCCAACAAAAUGGAGCCCCAUGGCUAUCUAUGUUCUCCACCUUGUGGAGCUUGUUGGCCGUGCCAAACCCCUCCUCAUUCCCCACAAGCUGACCAGAAAAUCCUCCUCCAAGGCCACCAUGUCGCAGCGCAUUGUCAAUGCCUUCAGAUUCUCUGAGGAAAGCAAUCAUCGUGUAGCCUCAGUGCAACCCUUCACUGCAAUUUCUCCCUAUGCAAGCAUGCAUAAUGAAGUAUGCGCAAUUGCGCUUGACAGGAAGAUUUCUCUCAUAAUAGUUCCUUUCAACAGGAGAUUUAAUGCCAAUGGAGGUUUGGAGUUGUUCAAAAAGGCAGUUAGGACAAUGAACAAUGUGGUCCGUGAUAAGGCACCUUGCUCUGUCGCAAUCCUUGUUGACCGGGCCUCCUCAGCAGCUCAAGCUCAAGGCAUGUGAUAGCAGACUGGGCUUUGUAUUUUGUUGCUGUUCUCUUCUUGGGUGGAGCUGAUGAUAGGGAGGCGUUAUCUGUAGUGGCAAGAAUGGCAGAACACCCAAAAAUUGACUUAACAAUGGUUCGGCUACUUAAGGAUGGAGAAGUUACCAGUGAAGAUGGGCGCGAGCGGAAGCUUGACAAUGAACUAGUGAGUGAAUUUAGAGUCAUUACAGCUGGAAACCAUCGAGUAAUGUACAUAGAGGAGGUUGAGGUGGAUGGUUCAGGGACAGUUGCUGUGAUCAGAUCAGUUACAAACUUCUCAUGGUGGGAAGACACCAUGAUGAACAGUCCCCACUCACAGCAGGGCUUACAGAUUGGAACGAACAUUCAAAUUUGGGAAUAAUUGGAGAGAUGCUGGCUUCCACGGAUUUCAAAAGCAAUACAACAAUCUUGGUGGUGCAACAGCAUGCCCAUAUAGCGAUGAAUGGGGUGAGAACCAGACAAAGCUUUGAAGGACAAGAUGUGACAGAGGAGGAAGCAGAAUAUAUUCCAAUUACGACGAGAACUGUGUGGUAAGAUGAUCAGGGAUAUUGGUAUGAUGAGUGGUAGCUAUCUUUAUAAUCAUACGAUGUAGCCACACUCUGUUCUGUAUGAUAGAAGAUGGUAGCUGUCUUUAUAUUUAUAUAACGUAGACACUCUUUAGACAAGCGCAUUCAGAAAGAAAUUCAACAAACUCCUAUUUUAAUUAUACCAGCCUAGAGCUUUUCACAAACAACAUGGAAAUUGAUCUUAGUAUGCUUUGUAGGUUCAUGAAAUUCUGGAUUGGCUGCAAUGUGAAGAGCUGCUUGGUUGGCAUGUGGAAUUUUUAAGUCUGCCAUAGGUGAAUAAGCCGUGCGACUUCACAACAAGUAGUAGCAAUCACUCGGUGUUCGGCCUCUGCAGAUGAUUGAGAAACAGUAUUCUGUGUUUUGGACUUCCAUGAAAUUGGAGAUGAACCAAGAAAUAUGCAAUAAUCAGCAAAAAAUGGUCAUGUUUCUGAAACACAGAAGGCAUUUAAUUGGACUUUACUAGUUGAGGAAAAUAGGAUGCCUUGGUCAGGUGAUUGCUUGAUAUAUUGAAGCAAUCAAUCAGGGGUGUCUAGCUGUGGUUGCCUGUUGGCUUAUCCCUGAAUUGACUUUGGACUUGGACAGCAAAAGCAAUGUCAGGACGAAUUAUGGUAAGUAAAAAAAAAUCUCCAAUUAGGCAUUGAUAGAUAGAUGGAUCUGGUAAAAGUUCACCAUCAAUAAAGCUGAAGAUUCUGUUC